AUGUGUCCCCGGGCCGCGCGGGCGCUGGCACCGCGGCUCCUGGCGCUGGGCGCGCUGCUGUGGCCGGCGGCCAGUGCCUGGACGCUCACCAUCCUGCACACCAACGACGUGCACAGCCGGCUGGAGCAGACCAGCGAGGACUCCAGCAAGUGCAUGGACGUCAGCCGCUGUGUGGGCGGCGUGGCGCGGCUGUACACCCAGGUGCAGCGCAUCCGCAGCGCCGACCCCAACGUGCUGCUGCUCGACGCCGGCGACCAGUACCAGGGCACCAUCUGGUUCACCGUGUACAAGGGGGCGGAGGUGGCACACUUCAUGAACGCCCUGGGCUACGACGCCAUGGCGCUGGGAAAUCAUGAAUUUGAUAAUGGUGCCGAAGGUCUGAUCAAUCCACUCCUCAGACAGGCCCAAUUUCCCAUUUUGAGUGCAAACAUUAAGGCGAAGGGGCCGCUAGCAUCUCAAAUGGCAAAUCUUUAUUGGCCGUAUAAAAUCCUUCCCGUUGGUGAGGAAUCGGUGGGAAUUGUUGGAUACACCUCAAGAGAAACUCCUGUUCUCUCAAAACCAGGGCCAAAUUUAGUAUUUGAAGAUGAAAUCGCUGCAUUGCAACUGCAAGUAGAUAAGCUAACAACUCUCAGUGUGAACAAAAUUAUUGCCCUGGGACACUCUGGUUUUGAAAUAGAUAAACUCAUCGCUCAGAAAGUGAGGGGCGUGGACGUCGUGGUGGGAGGACACACCAACACGUUCCUUUACACAGGCACCCCCCCCUCCAAAGAGGUGCCGGCGGGCAACUACCCCUUCAUCGUCACCUCCGACGACGGCCGGGCGGUCCCCGUGGUCCAGGCCUACGCUUUCGGCAAAUACUUGGGCUACUUGAAGGUGGAGUUUGAUGACAAAGGAAACGUCGUCACGUCCCACGGAAACCCCAUUCUUCUCAACAGCAGCAUUCCUGAAGAUCCGAAAAUAAAAGCAGACGUUAACAGGUGGCGGUUAAAACUAGACAAUUACUCUUCCCAGGAGUUGGGGAAAACCAUUGUCUACCUGAACGGCUCCAGCCAGUCGUGCCGCUUUGGGGAGUGCAACAUGGGCAACCUGAUCUGCGAUGCCAUGAUCAACAACAACAUCAGGCACUUGGAUGAAACGUCCUGGAACCACGUGUCCAUGUGCAUUUUAAACGGCGGCGGCAUCCGGUCUCCCAUUGAUGAGCGGAAUAACGGCACGAUUACGUGGGAGAGCCUGAAGGCCGUCUUGCCCUUCGGGGACACCUUCAACCUGGUCCAGCUGAAGGGCUCCACCCUGAGGAAGGCCUUCGAGCACAGCGUGCACCGCUACGGCAAGUCCUACGGCGAGUUCCUGCAGGUGGGCGGAAUCCACGUGGUGUAUGAUCUUUCCAGAAAACCUGGGGACAGAGUAGUCAAACUAGAUGUUCUUUGCACCCGGUGCCGAGUGCCCAGCUACGAGCCUCUCAGAGCGGACGAGGUGUAUAAGGUGAUCCUCCCGAGCUUCCUCGCCAACGGUGGAGAUGGGUACCAGAUGUUAAAAGAAGAACUGUUACAGCAUGACUCAGGUGACCAAGAUAUCACCGUGGUUUCUCAAUACAUCUCAAAAAUGAAAGUCGUUUAUCCAGCAGUUGAAGGUCGGAUCACGUUUUCUGCAGGAAGUCGUUACCAUGGAAACUUUUAUCUAAUAUUCCUCUCAAUUUUGGCAGCUAUCAUUGUUUUAUACCAAUAA